UCUGAUGUUGCGUGAAAAUCAAUUUACCGCGGCGUCAGAAGCUUGUAACACAUAUACGUCUGAGGAUCUUUUUCAAACUAGCAUUUCAAACACUGCGUCAAAUAUUGAACCACAGUCUCACGGUGUCAAACCUUGUACAAUAGAAAUUACUGAUUGUGAAAACAAAAAACUUGUGGACACUUUAAAGCAAUGUGAUACAAAGCAUUCGUUGUACUAUCUCAAGUGCAGCACACCUAUAAGUGCAUAUGUAAGAAUUGACAAAUCAAUGAAUGGUCUUUCGCCUAUUACUCUGGGUACUCAUAUGAGGCAGAGGAUUGGAAAAUUCCCAACACAACAACACACCAAUGAACUUUCAGUUAUGAAUUCUAAUCCUAGCUAUAGUAAAAUUACUGAACAAGAUUUAGCAGUACAGAGAGUAAAUGCGCGCCGUAAAAGAGCAAAAAGAAAACUCAAUAUUUCAAAUAAAGAAAAUGACUCGUUGAAACCAGGCAAUCGGUAUUGGGAACAAAAUGAUAUUCAAAACAUAGUUGUUAAAAAUUCUGUGAGUCACGAAGAUACUUCGUACAGUGCAAAAUCAGUAGAAAUACUUUCUCCGACUUCCCGAAUUCAAGAAUCUCUGGAGAUUCUGAAAUUGGAUUCUGAAAAUUCGAAUCCUAAACUUGACGUAGGUCAUAGAAAUAAACGCACCGGCAGUACUAAAUCUGGUAUAUCUGAAAAUACAAACGAAUUUACGGGAAAUUCUAAGGAUACUUACGCACACCUGACACCCAUUGGUAUUAUAACUACACGCAGUGGCAGACAGCUCAAACUGAGUAUGACAAUGAAAAAGAAGUUUUUCAAUGACUCUAACGAUCCCAAAAUGCAUUCUAAUCCUGGUUCAUUUGAUGGCUGUUCGGAUUUAUACCCAGAAUACGAAAUCAUAGAUAAUUCUGAAAAUCUGGAAAAUCGCGUACCGAAAAUUCAAAUGAUAACAGAACGUGCUGUCAAAUUUGCAGAAUUGCAAUGUCCAUCAAAACCCAGUACUAUUUGCAAUAUAGGCGGCUUCAUUUCCCGCGAUUCACCCGAUGCAUUUAGAAAUGUUUCUGCAAAAAUUUGUGUCGAAAAUGUGUCAAAUAAACUGGCCACAAAUAACUCCACACAUCACAAGUCAGCUGAUAUUAGUGAUUCAAAUAAUUUUAAAGUCAUAUCUCAGAUUGAAAAUAGCGAAUUUUCAUUGCAAAAUUGUGAAAAUCAAUCCAGAAUUCAUGAAGACAAGAGAAAUAAUACAGGUGUAUAUGAUGAAAUGGGUCCAAGUAAUAUAACUACUGCGAAUCGAGAGAUUUCACAAAGCAUUGUAGAUUCUACCAAGAAUUUUAAUUCUUUGAGCAUAAGGUCGAACAAUGACAUUGAAUCUGAAUCAUUGCUAAGCUGCAAAAAACAUGCUAGCAUUAGCGAUAUGGUUUGGAGUACCAUAACAGACAGUAAUAAUAGUAAGCAUACGACAAACAAUACAAAUAAAAAUAUGGGAAAUGAUUCGUCGUCUGAAUCACAGUUGUCAUCUAUUAGCAAUGAUGAUUGUAGUAGCGCAGAAUGGAGUACUAUAUCGGAUAGUGAAUAUAAACCACACAAAGAGAAUAUAUUGAGUAAUCAAAUAUCAAAUUCUCUUGAACAUGUGACAAGUUCAAACGAAACCCAACUUAACGAAGGUGUGUCAACUGAGGAACCAAACGAGGCAUCGAAAUAUGCUGACGGUUCAUCUUUGAAUCUGACGGAAAUCGCUCUGAGCAAAAGACUGAGAUUAUUAUCUAGUAGAAUUAACACGCGGCAACGUCGUAAAUGUUUGUUAAAACUUGAAAUAGAACAUAUACCACAAGAUGAUGAAGAACCAGCUGCAGUUCCGAUUACCGAUAACACAAAAUUAAUCGAGUCAUUUGGUAUGGUUUCGAUAAAUGCAUCUGAUUCGAGAGAGGGUGACAAGACUAGAGAAGGGGCGCAGUCUCCUUAUGAAGCCAAAACAACUGACGUGUUCGUCAAACCAAUAGGUGUAAAUCUGGAAAUAAAUUGGCAGCCAUUGGUACUAAUUGAAAAAUUAAAGGAACCUAUAAAAGUUGCCACUAGCAAAGAGCAGAGUCAGGGCGUAGGACUUUCUGCAAUUCGUGAUACGGAUGAAAUGUUAUUGACGAAUGCAUCUGAUUCAAGAGAGGAUGACAAGACUGAGGCAGAAGCACAAUCUCCUGAUGAACCUAAAACAAUUGACUUGUUCAAAAAACCAAUGAAUAUAAAUCUGAAAAAAAACUUGCAGCCAUUGGUAUUAAUUGAAAAAUUAAAAGAACCUAUAAAAGUUGCUGCUAGCAAAAAGGAAAGUUGGGGCUUAGGACUUCCUGCGAUUCGCGAAACGGAUGAAAUGUUUCAAGCAAGUACGAGGGAUUCUAAUAAAUCCAGUAACAUGAAAAUGGAAGAUGCUAGAGGUACCUGCGAUAAGAACGAGAAUUCAAAUUCUCGAGCUCAAAACUCUAAGAGAAGUAACUCCAUAUUUAAACCAAAUCUGACUCGUGUAUCAGACUCUGAUCGUGGUAAUACCAAAUUGGAUGCGACUGAACCAGGAAUAAUAGGCAGACAGUCAGUGUUUUUAAAGCCAGGAAAGGAAUGGACUCGCUCUCUGUCCAUACUCAACAGUAUCCAAGAUAGAUCGGACUUAGAGAUACUGAGCAUUGGAAAAGGGAAAAAAUGGCAAAAUAGUGUGCAAGCAAUUCUUGAUAUGCAACAAGAGAGAUUGAUUCAAAGUUGUCUGGGAAAAAAUGAGGAUGACAAAGAAACGGAACAGCGCUCAAAGGUGCUCGAUUGCACUUCGAUACCAGAUAGAACAACAUGUGCGGAAGCACAAAGUACUGGAUCUGCUAGUCCCAGCAGGUUCAUUCGUCGAAUGUCAAUCCGAGUAGUCCCUGAAAACAAGAGGCUGAGUCACAUUGAAGAUACAUCCUUUCUUGAAGCUUAUGGCAUAUCUGCUAGUAAGAGUAGAAAAACACUGUCUCAAAGAUCAAAUUUCAAUCCCGACAGAAAGACUCUGGUUUCUAAUGUGCAAUGUGAAACUGCGGAAAUCGAAACGAUUGAAAAUGAAAAUCUUAUAACCGCAAGAGAUGUCGUUUUACAAAGAUGCUGCCAAACGGAUUAUUUGCCUUUCACUGAAUCUUUCCCUGAAGAGUACAUGAAGAGGUGUCGAAAAAUUGGCGAAGGUGUCUAUGGAGAAGUAUUUCUUUACGAGCAUAACAAAAAAAAAUCUGUCAUCAAAAUAAUUCCAAUUGAGGGGAAUGCACUCGUAAAUGGUGAACGACAGAAGAAAUUUGAUGAAAUCUUGUCAGAAAUAGUAAUUGCAAAAGAACUGCACAAUCUGAGGAACGGCGAAAGCUAUCAAACCGAUGGAUUUGUGGAGGUAAAAAAUAUAAGAUGUAUCAUUGGAAAGUAUCCCGAGAAGUUGAUAGAACUGUGGAAAGCCUACGACGAUGACAAAGGAUCGGAUAACGAUUGUCCUUUGAUGUUUGAUGAAAAUCAAUUGUACAUAGUAUUAGAGCUUGGUCAUGGUGGUCAGGACCUUGAAGCUUUCGUAUUUCAAUCAGCUGUCGAGUCCCACGCAUUAUUUGUACAGGCAGCAUUGGCAUUGGCAGUUGCUGAACAAUCUCUGGAAUUUGAACACAGAGAUCUACAUUGGGGUAAUAUUUUGAUAUCACAUACCAAAGACUCACGAGUCGCCUACAAACUCAAUGACAAAGUUUAUACGUACCCCACUAGAGGAAUGCAGGUCGCAAUUAUAGAUUUCACGCUGUCGAGAAUGUCUUAUGAAGGCUGUUGUAUAUUCAAUGAUUUAGCUUUGGAUCCUGCCCUAUUUACAGCACAGGGAGAAUACCAGUUUGAAAUAUACAGAAUGAUGCAAGACAAGAUUGGAAAUGAUUGGCAAAAGUUUGAACCUUACACAAAUAUUUUAUGGCUGCAUUAUGUUCUUGACAAAAUGAUCACGGCAUUGAGAUACAAGCGACAGUCGACCAAAGUGCAUAAGGAGGCAAUUUUCCAGUUACAAGAAUUGAAAGAUAUCGUUUUAGACUAUGAAAGUGCAUUUGACUUUGUGACUAAUUGUGAGAAAAUAACGAACCUACAGUGCAAAAGGGCGACUUUGACAAACGUUAAGUCGUCUCAUUGUCAGGUGCAAUCCGAUCAAUUAAAUCCAGAAAAAUAAUGCUAUGUUACAUACUAUAUAAGUUUUAUAAAAUUUAAGUACUCAAGAAAUAAUAGGCAAAAUAUCAUCAAAAUAUGUAAGAAAAUAAAUUUUAAUAAAUAUAGUAUUCACCGAGUAU